AAAUCUCACAUUGGUGCCAUUUGUGAGCGAUGUUGUUAGGCUACAUUGUAUCGUUGUUUCUUCAGAGUGCACUGGCAAUAACAAUUUCAUUUCACAGAGAAAACACGGGUUCUUCAACUUUAGCACUAGCCAAUAUCCACACAUUUUUGAAUGAUCUGAAUGAAGAUGAUGGUGAAGGGGGUGAUUGAAUUUACAAUAUACAAUUGGGGUUGGCCUCUAACCAAUUUGUUCCUGAGCUUGUAGCUACUCGGUGGGCCAGAACAUAUAGCCUACUAUCUGCCCAAUUCAUAUCCCCACAUUACACAUUUAACACAUGGUUAGUGGGAUAAUCAAUUAAAUGACAAUGUGAUCAUUUCGAUCUGAUUACAGUGGUUAAUUCACCAAUGUCUCUAUUAAUAGGCCUUUACCUACUCUAUUAAAAUAUAUUAAUCUUAAAUGUAUUUCUCCAAUGCCAAACCAGUGUGCCUUGUUUGCAACGAAACUGUUGCUGUUUGCAAAGAAUUCAAUCUGAGAUAUCAUUAUGAAUCUAAGCAUGGUACUUUCAGAAGUUGAUUUUCCACCCCAGACAUGAGGCCAAAGUCUGACGCAGAAAGCAGGUAGGCCUAUUUAAGGAGUACAUGGUGACAGUAUUUUGAGGAAAUAGCUAUAGUGACAAAUAUAUUGAUAACAUAAUUACGUCUGUCAAACGUGUGGUGGGAAAUUCUCACCAAGUUAGAGAGACUUUGUUAUUUUUUCAAACAAUCAAUCUUUAUUAAUAACAAUUGCAAUAAUGAAGCAGGUCAGUUAUGCACUCUGAUGUGUACGGCCAAGAGUUUCGAUGACACGAGUGAAGCCUUAUAUAGAUAAACUAUCUUAUGCAAGCAUAUACAAAACACGUUAUCUUGGUAUGUGUGUGGAGAAAGAGACAAAACUAGGGUAAAAGGUACAGAUGUGAAUUGGGCGUCUCGUUCUGUGGCAACAGCUAGUUAUUCUAGUCUAGUGAGUCAAAACAACAGGAAAUCACUCUAGACAGUUUCUCUGAAGUAGAUAAACGGUUUCCCAUUUUGAAAUGCAAGAAGCUAUACAGCCUUAAAAAGAUAAUUCAUUAUACAAGCAUUAAAGAGGUUUGACUAAAAUUCCCCUUCCACAGACACAUCACUGUGGAAUAGCAGCAGAGGAACCGCCUGCAAAUACAAUAUUUUGAGAGCCUCUCAAUCUGCAGUGUCUGGAUGCCGAUGGUGCAGAAGUUAGGCUACUGGUGUGUUCUUCUGAGCCAGCUUGAUCAUACCUGAGCCAGCUUGAUCUUAUUCAUUGAGUUUUCCCUCUGGAGUUUUUCUUGUUUGGAAAGCCCUUUGAUGGUGGAAAGAGGAUGGACCAUGGCAGCCAGCAGCAGCAGCAGCAGCACCCAGCCAUGAUACGGCUCUAUGAGGUCCAGCGGGAGGUCCAGUCUCUGGGCCCUCAGGUGUGCACCUUCAGCGGGUUGAAAAACGAGCGGGAGUAUCGGCGGCUGGAGCGCGAGCUGACCCGGCUGCUCCUGGAGGUCGACCAGGUGGACACGGAGGGCAGGGCAGACCUACAGGGGGCACGCAAGAGAGCAGCCCAGGAGGUGGAGGGGCUGCUGCGCUACCUUGAGGAGAACGCCACCCACCCGUCCCGCCUGGCCAUCGAGGAGCUGAGCCGGGAGGCCCAGGGGCUGGUGGAGCAGGGGGUGGUGGAACCACAGCGGGCCGGGGGCACAGCAGAGAUCAGUGAUGAGCUGGUGGAUGCUGUGCAGGAGCUGAUACUGAGGCUCACCCAAGUGAAGACAGGAGGGAGGGUGCCCCUCCGUAAGGCUCGCUAUCGGGCCCUGACACGACUGUGUGCCGUGCAGGACGUGAUCGAGGGGCGCACGCGCCAGCAGACCCUCCCCCUGUCAGAAGAUACACACGUGGCCGUGCAGAGGAUCAACCAGGUGAUGGUGCAGGUGAGUGGGGCGCGCAGCCAGCUGGUGGCACUGCUGAUGGGGCUGAGUGGGAGGGAUAGCUGUGCCCACCUGUCCCGCGUGCUCACUGAGCUCCUGGUGGAGCUGGAUGCCCUCGAUGUGUCGGGGAACGCAGCGGUCCGGAACUACCGCAAACAGGUGGUGGAGGAGAUCAACGGUCUGCUCAAACACCUGGACCUGGAGGGAGAGGGAGACGACACGCGCAGGUAUGACUUGGCGCAGAAUGACUCAAUCCGUCAGAUUGAGGCUGUGCGGGGUCGGGUGGGCCAGCUGCGCGGGGAGGUCCUGCGACACUGUGGGGUGGGCGACCUCUUCAGGCCCAAGCCUGAGCUCCAGAGUCUCCUCACACACCUGGACCAGGUGGACACGGCCCGUAACCCCUGUAUCCGUGAGGCCCGCCGACGUGCUGUGCUGGAGGUCCAGGCUGUCAUCACCUUCCUGGACCUCCGUGAGGCCCUGAUCUGCCGCCAGCCAGGCUCCAACGAGCCCCCACAACACAGGGCUGUGUGGAUGGUCCUGGGCAGCCUGUCAGACCUCCAGGCCCAGGUACUCUGCUUCAACGGCAAGCGGGCCGACAAGAGCUACAUAUUGCUUGAGGAGCUUCUAACUAAACAGCUGCUGGCCCUGGAUGCAGUUGACCCACAGGGUGAUGAGAUGACCAAAGUAGCCCGCAAGCAGGCAGUCAAGUUUGCCCAGAACAUCCUCAGCUAUCUGGACAUGAAGACAGACGAGUGGGAAUACUAAUCCACUGCAAAAGACUAUACAUAGCUGAAGUAUGCGUACGCCGACCUAUUAAAUUGUAUAUAUACACUGGUGUAUCAUCACUCUAAGAGUUGGGGUCUGUACAUUUUGACUAAAUCCCAGAAUGCACUGCAGCAGCGCUUUUGGUCUCUUUGUUGUCAUUGUCGCUGGCCUGUGGGUAAAAACAACAACCCAAGAAAAUUUUUGUGAAAUACAAUUUGGAGAAAAGUGUUAUGACGUGCUUUUGAAAGUUUAUUGAGCAUCUUUUUGAAAUCUACUGUAUGUGUAUGAGUUUUGAUCAGUGUUGUUGUGUGGUUGUAAAGCCUGCGGCCAAAAGCACUGAAGCCUGUUAUGGUGGUGGUCAGAGUAGUUAAGAUCCAGUCACGUCAUCUGUUUUUCAAAAGCAGGAGUGGGACUAGAGCAAUUACAUCUCAAUGGUAUCCAUGUUUUGCUUGACUACUUUGGAGGUCAGUUGUAAAUUAACUCAGCCAAACGAUGUCUGUGAUGUCUCAAAAUACUUCUUUACCGAGAUGAACAGAGAGUGUACAUCAGCACUGUGAGACAAGAUCUUCACCUGUUAAUUUUGCUUAUCCUCUGCUCUCUUUCUUCCUUUAAUCAACACUUCUGAGGCAAACUCCCCAUAACCAUGGCUGGACACACCAGUCUCUGGCAACUGUUCAGGUGACAAAUGAAAAGGAGAGCUUCUUCAUGGCUUUACCCACUGUCCUACAAUAAUGAGGAUGGGCAUGGAACUCAGUGAAGUUAAACGGCCUGUGAGAUCCUUUGUCAACUUGGAGGGUUAGUUAAAGGCCUAGUUAUAAAGAAUGAAUAUUUGUAGACACGAUAAAUUACUAUGUUUGUCUGUAAUUUGUAGCUAAAUGUUGAUUGUGACUUGUGUGUUUGCGAGGCUAUAUCUUGUCUGCAUUGAAUUUAGUGAAGGGGAAAAACAGAGUGUGGAGGUGGUUUUGUUUUUGUCUGUGACUUUUCUAUUGUCAGAGGAGUAUGUCUGGGAGCCCUGGUGAGGGUCACUGAUUUUUACCUUACUAUUAUUAUAGCUGUUGACAGUGAUCACAGUGGACAGGGCAGUCUAAAACCGCUUCAGCAGAGGUAGGGAGCUAUUAGUAAAAAAAAUCUGUCUUUCCUUCCUUUCACCCCCCUUCUGGUGUUUUUAUCCCAAACAAAGCAACCCCCACCAUACUCCACACACAAGCUAGGGAGGGACUGGCUGCUACCUUUUACAAAAGAAUCCUGAAGGCACAAAGACCGGAAAAAGCACUAAAUGGGGGACUGAGGAGCACCUAGGCUAUUGUCACCGUGAGAAAUUUGCACUUUUUACAAAUUUUCAGUAUUAUACCUCAACUGUUUGUAAAUGAACCCCUGCAUGCCUGGUAGAUAGCCCUAAGUACUAACAGAGCAUAAACAGUCCUCAGUUAACUCCCACAGAACUCCCAGACUCUCAACAUGACAGGGGUUAUUCAACCCUUCCCCUGCUGCUGUUGAAAAACAUAUGGCACAAAAACAGUGAAAUCCAGCUACACGGACAUGGGAUGUCUGACUCAUAAGUGAGAUAAUGAUUCGAUUAGACAGUGUUCAGUGUGGCCUUCAUGUAAUGGGUGUUUGUUCACACAGCAAACCUAAUGCUGUCUCAAAACAACCAACCCUGCCAGAUCAGAGGCUAACACUAGCUACUGUUAUAAUUCUCCUCUUGAUCUGCUCACGUACCAGUAGGUGUGAUUAUCAACACACAGUUGCACACAACCUUCCAAAAUUGAACAUACCUCUUAUCUGAAAGCAAUGCAAGGUGUUCUAUCUGAACCACGUAUGCAUCAGUUGCAUCCAGUGUUUGAAAAUGCAUUGAACAUUUUAGGGGUAGAAUGUAUAAUUUUGUCAGUGAAGAAUACCAAAGCUGAUUUAUUUCAAGGAAACUUUUUUAUGUUCUUUACUCUGGUGAACCUUUUGGUUUGCUUAUUUUGGCAGGAAUGUGUAUGUGGGGUACAGUAUUAAAUGUUUUAAUUUGACGAUCUGUUUCUCCAGUCGCCUUUGACUAAGUGGAUUGUGACAGGCUCUGCUGUGUUUCUCAUACAAGAUGCACGUGUACAAACGCACACUGAGGUUUAAAUGAUGUGUGAAUGCUUCAAUAAUAGGUUUGUUUGACUUUUUAUUCCCACUCCAAAAUAAAAAAAGGUGUGUCCCGGA